AUGGUGAACGUUGACGUAAGCCCUGCCGUCAUUUUGGGAGUAGGCCUGAUAGGCAGCGGACUCACACUGUGGCAGAUCAGGCAGGCUAAGCCUUGGAUCAGCAAGGACUAUGAUGUCGUCAUCUCGUGUGUUGCACUCCUGGUCGGGGGUAUCCUGAUCUUCCAGGGCUGGCGAUUGGACCCCCUCCUCCUCUUCGGACAGCUCAUGACGACCGGGGCUGCGUUGAGUUUCGGCGUGGAGGCCCUGCGACUGCGCUCUGCUGUGUAUGAGAAAGAGGAGGCGGCGGAGAUGAGCGACAUGUAUGACCGGAGGAAUGCUGGUCCAAGGCAGGCGGUGCCCCUUGCUCGGCUGCCACCCCCGGAGCCGUCCAGGCCGUUCUGGGAGGGCGAGGCCCCCCGUAGGUACGGCGAUGAGCCAGAGGCGCAGCAGGAGGUCGGAAGCCAAGGAGAGGGGUAUUACAGCCCUGGCGAAUGGUACUAUGGCAAGCAGGACGUCAAUGCUGACACCCCGUCGUGGGAGGAGCGGCAGCAGCAGCAGCCCCGGGAAACCCCCACGCGCCAGCCCACACCCCGAGGGAUAUUUGAUUCGGCGGAUGACUGGUGA